AUGGCGCCGACGAAAGCGACCGCACGCGUCUCAGGCAAUGCUAGAAGCAGGCUUGCGACUACGCCAGCUGAUCGUCUGCGAGUAGCGAAGCAACAAUUCCAGGGUUCCAACAACGCACAGGAAAAGCUAUACACCAUGUUCGAGGAUACGAUGGAAGAUCUUGGACAGACCAAGGACAAACUCGAAGCGGCCGAGAACGAGCUAGAAACGACGAAGAGUAAACUUGAUAAAGCGGAACGCGACGCUGAUUUCUGGUACCGCGGCUGGAAAAACAUAAGCAACAGAUGCCAAGCUGCCGAUAGCACUUUGAAGGCACACGAACACCAAAUUUAUCAACUGGAAGCCGAGUUGGCGCUCGAGAAAGAGAGGGCGGAGAAGAACGAGAACGCUCAAGAGAUGCUCGAGCGACUCAAAAACCAAUGGUCGUUCUUCUCCCAUAUCCUCGGUAACGAAGACUCCGGACGCUAG